UUAAAUUAAUGUUUCUAUAUAUCCCUGUGAAAAAGAAAAUAAGUCACAAAGCCCGAGUGGCCAAAUCCAGGGGCGGUCUGUCUGACUGUCUGUCUGGGAUACGCUUGUCGUUGAGCUCUUUUCUCAGAGCUUUCUUGGCUACUUCCAACAGACCACCCCCAAAAGGACUGUCCUUUUUUCUUUGUUUGUAUAUAACGUAGAAAAAACCAUCCAUUUCUCGAGCAGCCAUGGAAGACCCAUCGUCCCAGGAAGAUAAACUAGGAGUUCUAAAGGUUCUCGAAGCUCUUAAACAAGCUUCCCAGGAGUUACAAGCUCAUUCAGCUCACAACUCGGCUCACUCUAGCUCAUACGCCGUUAAAGCACUCCUCGAGCUUGAAACCGAGUCCGAAUCCAUCCUCUCCAAAUACCCACAUCUCUCUUCUCUUUCUCAAUACCUCGCUGACCUCAAAAGCCUCGUCGAAACCCUCGAACAGGCUCGUGGUCACGGCCUCAGGAGCUUCUUGACUCGCCGAGUCUCGACUCACUCCAUCUCCCGAGUCGCCGGUUCGAUUGAGUCGGAGAUUCAAGCCUGGAUCGAUCGUGAGAGCAUCGAGAGCUUGAUAAAGGGUUUGAACGAGCCUUGGAAUAACGAGGACGAGUUGGUCCGAUUACUGACUCAGUUCGAAGACAGACUUUCACAGGGGUUUAAUCUCGAGUUACAGAAUUUAGUCCUAAAAUCAAAAGCUUUUUUGGUUUUACAAUCGGUCCUUUGCAACCCGAAUUGUUCAAAACGGAUCUGCGAAAACGCGGCAUUUUGUAUUGCCGCUUUGAUUCGAUUCAACAAGGAUGUUUUUGUUGGGCAAGUGAAUAUGGGAGUUAUAAUUCACGCGCUUUUGGACAUGAGAUCAAUCCAUCGUGUGAAAGUUUUGUGUGAGCUGAUUAAGUUUACUAAAUCACCAUUUGUGGAUGAGAUUGUCAGUAAUGGGGAAAUUCCCAAGAUUUUAAGUUUCUUGGAAUCCAAGGAUCUGGAAAUGAAAGUUUUGGCCUUUGAUUGCAUUCUUGAAAUUGGUUACUUUGGACGCAAAGAAGCUGUAGAAGCACUGCUUAAAGGAGAGUUGAUAAAGAAACUUGUGGAGUUGCAAAGGUCAGAGCUUGGUGGCGUUUUGAUCGAGAUGGGAAAGUUUGGUGGUGAGAAUAAGGAACGUGAGAGGAUGAAAAGAGAGAAAAGAGAACAAAAGUAUUUAGAGAACCAUCCAUUUGCAAGCUGUGUGGCAAGGUUUGCUGUGCAAUUAGAGGUUGGGGAAGGGCUGAGACAAAGAGAGAAAAGGGCUUUUAAGCAAGAGAUUUUGACGAGAGUCAGGGAAGCAUCUGUUAGUGAUGCUGAGGCUGCUACUAUUAUUGCUGAGGUUUUGUGGGGGUCUUCACUUUGAUCAUGCUUUGAAACAAGAAUUCAGAGAUGAAAAAAAAAGAAUUUUGGAGUGUUGGAUGGCCAUCACCAUGGGAAACUAAAUGUGGGUAAUUUUACUAUUAUUCUACAUGGAAAGCUGAUGGAACACGGUAUAUGAUGUUCAUAACUCGUGCUGAAUGUUACUUAAUUGAUAGGAGUUUCAAUUUCCGACAAGUCCAGAUAAGGUUCCCCUGCAGUUGCAGGAAGAGGACUCAUCAUAAUACCCUAGUUAAUGGAGAGAUGGUAAUUGAUACAUUGCCAGGCUCACGAAAGAGGGAAAGAAGAUUACCUCGUUUAUGAUAUCAUAGCUAGCUAUAGAAAAACAGUCAAAAGAAAAACCAUUCUUUGAAAGAUGGAAUAUGCCCGAGAAAGAAGUGAUUGAGCCUUGGAAUAAGGAUCGCAAGAGUAUUUGCCAAAGCGGAAAGUCUUAUUGCAGAUAUGACCUGGAAUCUUUCAGGGUGGGGAGAAAAGAUUUUUGGUUGCUUUUUCUAGUGUGCCAAAGAUUUUAAAGUAAUUUAUCACAAAGCUUUCCCAUGAGGCAGAUGGUCUUAUUUUUCAGGGCCGAGAUGUUCCUUGCAUUCCUAGCAGGUCUUUUCAAGUGGAAAUCUGCUGAAAGGAGCUCAUUCGACUUUCUAUUCAAGAUGGGUGCUGAUGAUGGUCAGAAAAGGCGUAGAGUUGAAUUCAGAACUGAUAAAUCGACUACCAA